GAGGUUAUGAAGGCGGCUUGUAGAAAGCAGUUCGUUACUUGGUCUGCUGUAUUCCCGGUCUUCUAUCCUAACUCUAAAUUCCAGUUGAUCAAUAACUUAAGUGAUUUCGAGUCAUCUUCCUUUUUUUGUCGACAUUUCUUCGAAAAUGUAUUUCAAUUUGGAGUCCAUACCUGCUACCGCCGAUAAAAUCAUUGUUUCUGGAUUGGACAGGACACACGAUCCAAUUGUCAAAAAACAAAUUACCUUCAAAGUUGAGGAAAAACGCUUCGUUACCGCCCGGAUGUCAAUAACUCAUGGAACUGAUGGAAUUACAAAGGCAUGUGGAAACGUUCGUCUCAAUAAUUUUGCUCACCGUGCUGAAUGUGCUGAUAUUGAUGUUGAGAUCGGUUCAAACCAGAUGGUUUCCAAGUAAUUUUUACUCCUGAUAAACUCAUCGUACAUUGUGUAGCUUCUUGUUCCGUACUUUUCUACUAGCACUUUAUCGUUAUGAAUAAAAAGAACCAACUCCAUGAUCGUCAGUGGUCCUGUGUUACACGACACAUAGUGAUUUCAUGAAUUACCAGGAAUGUCAUUAGUCCUUGAUUUCUAUGCUAUCUUAACCAGUGAUCGUGUAAGAGUUUAUUGAACGAAAUCGGUGACCAUACGUCAAAAAAGGGGUAGCACGUAUCAGUUUAUGCUGCCUGUGUUACUGAGUAUUUUGAAGCGGUAUGUUGAGCCCUCGUUAUUUUCGUAGUAUUUUCACAUUCAGUAAAAAUAUCACCACUGAACAUCGAUACUAUGUGCUUAAAAGAGGUUAAAUCUUGGUUCCGAUAGGGCAAAAAUGUUUUGUAAUAUAUAUUUUAUAAUGUAAAUCAUAUCGGCACUUCAGUAGUCCGGAUAGACUUUAAGUGUUAUUACUGUUCGAGAAAAUUCUAACUUGAUGUAGUCCCACAAAAUGGUUAAAUUGUUUCGGCAUACAAUUCUUGAGUCAAAUAUUUUAUAUUCAUAUGACAUUUUCUUUGUCAGAUAUGCUUAAGUGGCAAAAUUCCUCGAGUUUUCCAUAUGAUAUAUAUACUUCUUUGUUAUUACUUCAACCCUUCGUUUUGUUCUCAAAAGUAUUCUGUUUCUUACCAUAAUAUAUACUUCAUGUGCCUUACUUUCCUUGAUUUUGAUAUUUUAAGUACACGUCUUUGCAUUUGUAUAUUGAAUCUUAUGUGUCACUACUAAGUUUCUUGUGUCUGACACUCUUGAAAACUACACUCAAAGGCAAGAAGCAACGUUAAUCCUCCACAUAUAAUUUAAAAUGAUUAUAAUUUACUAAGAGAGCAAUUGUUAAUGAAUACGGGUAAGUCACGUGGCACUAACUGAUACCGUUGAAGAUACACUGAAAAUAGAAUAUCGAACUUUGAAUAAGUCAGUAAACAAGGUUCUCUAUCAGUCAGUUUGUGAAUUCUGGAGUUGAUCUGUUGAGAAAUAUUAUCUUUGAAGACCCCAUAUCCCCGAAAUCUUUCGCGAGAGAUAUACACUUGUGAUGCGAAAUAUGUGGAACUCCUCUUUCUUUAAUUAAAUAUAUUCGUUCAGCUAACACUAUGUCACAUCAUGACAACGGAGGUAAAUAUGAAACAUCUGCUCUUAAUUAAUUUUGGUGGAGAUGCAAUGAAAAUAGAAUACCGGACUUCACACUGAGUAAGUCGGUUGACAAGGUUUUCUAUCAGCCAGUCAUUUCUUAUAUUCUUCUGUAGAAACGAUUUGUGGCGAUUGUUAUCCCUAAGCGUAAAGAAAAAUCCGUUCCAUUCAACUCCUUCGUUAUCCACCAACUGUAACGAGAUUAUUGUUCUAAUCUUUCCAACCCUAAAGUCUCUCAUAACAGGGUGGUGGAGAAAAAAUGUUAAACUAUUCCCCAAAAAUCACCAUCUAAAUGUGAUUAGAUUAGCACAGUAUUGAUUUGAUUUGAUUGUUCAAUGCCACAUAUUUAUUUGAUUAUUUUGAUCAUGAUGAUUACCUUAAAGAAGUCCAGACAAGUUUGGCGGACGAAAUGUUGAAAUUGUAUAGAUUUCAAUCGCUGAGAUCGUUUCAAAUAUAGUUUACACUUUUAAUGACGUCUUGUCCUUUUAAUUCAGCAUUUAAUCUUUUUUGAAAUAUCUAAAUAUAUAUUGUCUGAAUAUUCAGCUACACUGAUGAAAACCUAGCUAGCGCGUCCAAUAUUCUUUGAAGAUAAUGCGCUACAAACUAGAGCCCUUCUUUUACCGUGGUUCGAAAUUUCGUUGUACUCUUAUGGAAAAGCUACUGUUAUGGGAGAACUAAAGACAUUUGGCUGAUUACAACCUUUUUAUUGUAGAUUCAAAAUUUCACUGUGUUUUUUGGAUGUAUUUGUUUUACCCAACUUCUGAACUUGUUUGUUUAUAUCAUUAGUUUUGGACAUUUUGGUUUCUUUUGUCUUUGGUUUGGUAUUUGGGAGUGUUUGCUCCGACAACCUACAAAAUUGAAGGGUUUUUUUAAUUGUUAUAAUUAUUGUUGUUAGAACGACAUUUAGGUCGACUUUUUGUACAUUGCGAAUAAACUUUGGUACUUA